UUAAAAGUAAUUAAGUAGGUAUUUUUUUAAUUAAAUUGAGGUCGUUGAUACGAUAUACCUUAUCAUGUCAUACAUUGAACAAUUUCAACACCGAAUCGAAUGCGUAAGGCAAAUCCAUUUAGCUGAACUAGCAAGAUCAACCGGCCACCAUGCAAAGCGGUUGACAUCUAAAAUUUAUUAAUACUAAGCAACCGGGAUACACACGCACCAGCUGCAUAUUGCAUUGCAACUGGGAGCCAGCCAGUCGCCGUGCAUCGCCUGCUCGGAACGCGCGUGUGUUGCGUGCUUUAAAAAUAAUUCUUUUGCCCGAGUCCAUUCCGGUUGCUAAUUAAAAAAUUGAAUGACAGCUCACGUUUAGUUUACGGUGUUGGUGUUCUAUUUUUAAAUGCGUAGGAAAAGUUGUAUUUUGCCACUUUUGUUCUGAAUUUGAAUAUGUUUGUUUAUGUGCCGCGUAUGUGGUUGAUUUAAAUUUGGAAUAUUUUCUGAAUAUGGAACGUUGUUUUUAGUAGUGUUCAGUACAUGAAGAUUGAAGAUUAUACAGUGCUGUGAACAGGUUGAGUGUUUGUAGAGAAUAGUGGAUGUGAACUAGUGAUGUGGAUAUAGCUGCUUCCCAUCCAACAUGUUUGGAGUAUUUAUUCGAAGAUGGAAACCAAAAAGAACAUCAAACAAUGAACGAGAUGAAAGCCCUUGUACAGAUGGCAAUGUUUCUCCUGAACCACCCGAUCGUCCCCCUGGGAAAGUACGACAAAUACACCCAGAAGAUAAAACUCAAGUGCUCGCAUAUGAUUCCUCCUAUCGCAGAAAAAGUAAACCUACUACUCUAGCGCUACAGGAAAAUCAUUACAAUCAUUUAGCGAAUACAAAUGUGGCAAUGACGCCUUAUCCACUGACACCAAAUAUUUGUGUUGAAGGAGGAAAGAUUGAGUUCAUAAAAUCGCCACCGAGUAGCGCUAGGAACAGUGUGGCGCUAGUGUCGCCACCUCAAACGCCACUGUCAGCGAGGCGCGGUUCGCGUGAGAAACGAGAAGCUCGAAUUUAUGACGAGCCAACCGAGAAGUUCGAUGGUGAUAAGGAGCUUCUGGAGAAGCGGAUUAAACAUUUGGAAGCACAAUUGGAAGAAGAGAAAAGAAGAACUCAGAAGGAGAAAAUGGCUGUAACCAAAUUGCAGAAUAAAUUGAUUAAGCGCGAGGGUGCGGCGCGCAGCGAUGCGGAGCGUGAGCGGCGCGCGCGCGGUGACUGGGAGGCGCGUGCGCGCGCAGCUGAGGCCGACGCGGCGCGGCUUGCCGGGAAGCUGCACGCGGCACAACGAGAAAUCGCCAGAAUGGAGGAGACAGUGCGAUCGUUGUUGCAGUACAAGACCCGCGUGGAAACUCUGAAGCAGGAGAAGGCAUCGCUGUCUUCCGCACUGGAGGCGUCAGCAGCUCACUAUCAAAGUCAACUGUCAGUGUUAAGUGCGGAGAACGAUCGUCUUCGCGGGCAACUGUCGGCUCUGUCGGCUGGGCUGGGCGGCGGGGAACACGAGCGACGGCUCGACGAUGUCGCGCAACAAGUCGUGCGGGCCCUGCUCUCGCAGAAGAGCGUACGCGAAGAGUUGGGAUGCGCCCGCGCAAGGGUACGCGAGCUCGAAGCGCAAAAUCGAGCGCUGAGUGCCCUCCUGGUGCGGCAGCUACGCCCGCAGCCGCGGCCCUCGCCCGCCACCCCCCUCACACCACAUACACCUCACACGCCAAAAGACUUGCAAGUACACCUUGUUGACGUCGGUUCCUGCGGGUCUCUGGUCUCAUUCCGGGACUCCCCACCACCAGCCCCGCCGGUGCCGCACCCACAUCCGUUAAGUCAAGACGACAAGCGACGGCAUCAAAUCCUUGCCGAUAUUUGGACUGAGCUUAAGGGCCUAGAAGUGACUCCAGCUAAUUUAGCCCGUGCGUUGUCAGCAGUAGAUCCUACUCUGUGGGCUGCUCCAGCGAGACCAGCAACACUAAGCCUCAGUAUGCCACAGCCUAGCACUGAUCCGGUUCGAGGCGCCAAUGGCGAAAAAGUAACUGAAGAAGAAAGUGGCGAGCAGUGUGAAGCAGGUGCAGAGUCUCCAGAAAGUGGUGCGAAAGAUGAAGGAUACUCAACUAUGUCUAGCGAUGUACAAGCCGAUGCUUCUAGGCAGAGUGACCACGCUGCUGAUCGCGCCUUACCAGAUUUAAAUGAAGCGUCUGAUGAAACUGAUAAUCAAACUAUCGUCUCCAUAAAUCCCAGGGAAUCUCGUCGACAUGCCAGACUUUUAGCAACAGAUGCAGAUUAUAUUUAUUUUCCAAUAGGUGUAACUUUUGCGGGAGUCAGGGGCAGCUAUCCCCCGUCACGUCCAGUCUUGCCGUUUCAACAUGUCGUUCGAAGUUUCUCAGAUUCCCAUCUUUGCCUAAAACUCUUGGCAGGGACUACAUGCCCCACAAGCUGUCUUGAUAGUCCGUCGCCUAGCUCUGGAGUGUUAGUAUUAGACCUGAAACCUGCACCCGAAAGACCACUAAGACGAGUUGCAAUAGCUUCAACUACGAGUUCUGAAAGAGUUUCCUGGGGAAGUACUGUAGAUGAACGAGCCGAUGGUUCGCAAUAUGAUGCGGAUUAUGUUCAACAUUGGCUAGAAUUGGAUGACGCCAGAUCAGCAUUACAGCAGAGACAUCGUGACUUAGCUGAUUUAGAAUAUGAUAGAGCAGAAUUGGAAGACUGGAGCCUAUCUUUGUCAUGCGAAGAUCUCAGAGACAGACAAUCCCCAUUUGCUGAAAUUACUACUCCGGGACAAAUAUCGCUCUCAACAUUACCUAGCAUAAGAGAAGAUGAUGCUUUAGAGUUAGAAGAAGAUGUAGGUGAUUGCUUAUGGAAUGAUUGUGGGUUUGCGACUAUAGAAAUUGAUGAUUGUAGAAUAGGAGAUGACCCCGAAACAUCAGACAAACGCUGGGAGAGUACCGGAACACAUUCACCGGGUGGAUCUUGGUCUAGUGCUUCCGAUGCACCCGAUAAGAGAUCAAGUACAGCGUUGAGUGAAGACGGUGACUGUGCCAAUAUUGGUGUAGAUUUUACAAGAGAUUUUUAUCGUCUCGUUAAAUACGAGAGCACUAAAAGUUUAGCAUCAAACUCAUCAAGAGGUUUGCCGGCCCAAGAGAUUAUACCUGUUACAAAUCAUUUGAGAGUUCACGAUGUUCAGGCCAUGGCACUUCAAGAUCGUGAACAAGCCAUUCAGAAUGUUCUUCAUUUCAUUGCAGAGCAACAAAAGUAUUGUCGCGACAGAGAAGAAUCUGACUCAAUGUCUUCACGGCCCGUAUCUGAAAUACGUGAAUUGCCACCCCCGUAUGCCGCUGCUGACUUUGACGAUGACUCUGUCGGUCCCCGUAGUGAAGUAUCGGAGGACAGACAAAGACCAGAUUCUUUUGGUAGUUUUUCUGAGAAUGACUCUUGCGAUGUUUCUAAUGACCGACAAAAAAUUGCACCUUGUGACAUUGUUUCCGAGCCAAAGUCAACUCCAAAAUUUAUAGAACGAGAAGAACCGUAUGCGGAAUCUGGAGAUUACUACGAUGGAUUAUCACGAAUAGAAAACGGAGAAAACGAAAUUGAUGAGCAUCAUAUUUUAAAGGUGCAAAGAAAGAAUGAAAUAAAUAAAAGUAUAGAUAUAGAGGAGGAGCCUGUGGCCCAAAUAAAAGAUGAUAGGUGUGAUCAUGAAUCUAGUCGGAACCUGGACCACAGUUCAGCAUUGAAAGAAAAUACAGUAAAUAUAAAGUUAAAUAUGCAAAGCCCAGUCGCCGAGAGGGUAGAUGGCGGAACUUGUUUAACAAAAUCAUCAAGUUUCACUUUCCCAACUGGAGAAACUGAGAUUUCUCUAGUAGAAGAGGUAUUGAGUGCUUGCAGAAGAAGCACAGGAACUUUAGUUACUGUUCCAGAAGAAGAGGAAAGUUCAUCGCCAGAAACGAGUUCACCUCAAAUGACUGAAUCAAAUACUACAAGCACUUCUACUGCCGAAACUGUGAUAGUAAGUAAUAAGAAUGAUGCAACUCAGAAAGAAGUAAAAUUUAAAAGCGAGAAAAGUCGCAUACCGACCCUUCUGGGAGCUAAAAGACCUCCAUCUUCGCCAAAUAGAACUAGAUCCAAAAUACCAGUGGCAGAGAAACUCAAACCAGGAACUACUAAUCCCACUCCAGUUCCUGAACCAAUUAUUGUGAAGCAGGAUCACACACUAAGUUUCCAUGAAGCUGCUACUUCUAAAGACGUCAUAGAAGAACUAAAUAGAAUGAUACGUCAAAAUGACACCUCUACCACGAGUGAAGUCAGGACAGAAGAUAGAAAAGAAAAAACGCAUACUCAAAAAGACGGCGCUUUAUGGGCACCCACAGGAUGGGUACAUGUUGAAAAAGAUAUAGAUUUCAGCGAUCCUAAGGCGCGUGCAAACCUGCUGGAUGUGAUGUUAGCAUCAAGUGACUCGUCUCCUUCGUCCUGCGGCUCCUCCCCAGCAGAACCACCGCCACCUUACUCUAGGCUCCACCGCCUCCACAGAUCUAGGAGACAGAAAACUGCGGCCGCUCUACGCAGCCGAGGACUCGGCGUGCUGAGGUUCCCGCGCGGUCGUCGGCCCUCCAUCCUCGGCCGGGAGGGCUUCUUCGUCCGCUACGGCGACCGGGAGCGCGCCGCCGUAGCCACAUUCGACUUCCUAGACGACCUCUCUGGCGGCUCCUCGCCGGAGAACACCAAAGACUGUACCUAAAUUAGCAAUAAACGCAUCCCAAAUAUUAUAUUUUUCUAUGUCACUCGUUUGUGAUAGUUAUGGUGAGUGGCAGUCGGAGUGCACGCGCUCCCCCGGUAGUGUUUGCUUUCGCGUAGCCCGUGUAUCGACGGUGAGCCUAAUAAUUUAUAGUGUGGCAUUGUCUCGUCGAUGGCUGCACGGUCCACAGGGCUGCAGCUUGCUGGAGGUGUCCCUCUUCUGAGCCUGUACACAAAUUUAAUGGCAAACCUCUCUAUUUCUACAAACGUUAACGCUUUGUAAAUAAACAUGUCUAGCGUCUCAUUUUCGCGGACAAGGUUGGUAGACAGAUUGUUUGAAAGUUACUUUCUAAAACGUUAACGAUUGUAGGUAGCAAGAGAAAAGUUAGAAUCCAAUGCAUACUUUUCAAACUAUCAUGGUGUAGUUAUCGUAGUCCUUUCACUUUGAAACUAAUCAAACUAUGACGAGGCACAUAGUUAUAAAUCGAUUUAUAAAAUUCUUUAUAGAUUUCUUUAGUAGGUGUGGGAGAAAGGGAAUAUACACAAAUGGCAUUGAUGCGCUGUUUUUGUAUAAAUUUUACUAAGCAAUGUUCAGAUUUCCAAAUUUACAAAUAACGAUAAAUUGAACAAACAUCCCAAUGUUGUGAUUUGCGCUUGAAACAAUGCUAGCUUCCUACAAAUGAAACAGCUUUGUAAAGCAAUAGAAAUAGGGUUGAUUACUUCAUGCGAUGUCUAGCUUACGCUUCGAACCAAUAACUGACAACUUAGGUAAGAAGACGAAAUAACUACUGACUAAGUAAAUGAAAGCUGCGGCCUCGAAGUAAUGUGAUAUUUUUGUAUAUACUGUAAGUCCCACUUAUUUUCAUAUACAUUUAAAUGGAUUCCUUUUUAACCGAACGAAGCGUUACUGUUGGGUCUAGAACGAGUUCUGUUUCAGAGUCUGUAACAUCUUUAAGUUGAGCGGUCGUGCGACAAAGUUAUGUUUGCAUCUCUUUCGCUCUGCAUAUAACGAAAUAAGAAGAAACGAGAACGCAUUAUUUAGUCGCACGACCGCUACUUACUAAUCAUAUACUAGGUACUUAUGUAAAUAUUGACAAUUACGAAUAAUUAACGAGUUAGUUACUACACUUAUUAAUUAUAAAGAAUAAUGAACUAUAACAAUCGGUUAACAUUAUAGGAGAUCCAUUAAAUCGAAGGGUACUAAACUAUGUUAAGUGUAUAUAAUAAUUAUGACGUCAUUGAAUGCUAUUUAUUGAAUUGUAUCGUUUGCGAGGUGUCGAUCAUUUGUGUAUACUUUGGUACAUAUCAUGAACUUCUAUUAUUUCUUAAGGCAACCAUCCUGUAUUUUUAUGAAGUGACUUAUGUAACAAUUGAGAAAUACUCGGUCCUACAGAAAACUGCUUAUCUAAACAGCGUUUAAAAAAACUCUAUUUAAGUAAUUAAACAUUGUUUAUUCAGUGUAAUAAUGUUUAUUUAUAUGUGUCAAAAUAUAUAGAUUAUUAUAAAAAAAAUAUAUAUUACUUUAAACACUUUUUAUUUUUAAUAACAUAAACAUGCUUUUGUAUAUUCCUAAAGAGAUAUUAGACGGACUUUUGUAGUAAGGCAUCUAAACAUGUAUUAAAUACAUGUCUAUUGCAACUUUUAACUUUUUUUGUGGUAAAACGGAUUAUGUUCAUUCCAUCAUACCUCCUAAUUAACAACUUGUUAUUUUAAAACCUUUUUUUAAAAUAUGUAUCAUAUAACUAUAAUGUAAUACAAAAUUACAAACAAGCCUUUGCAUUUAAGUUAUGCAUAUGGAUAUUUUAUUUUAAAUUCCAACUUAUACAUAUAUGUCUAAUAAAACCUAUCUUUAAUAAAAAUAUAUUCCACUUUAUUUAUACCUACAAUUGGAUAACACAUAUUUCUUUUUUGUUACAUAAGUCGGAAUCACAAGUAGGUAUUAGGUAGAAGAGAUAAUGCAAGUUUAAAAAUUAAAUCUAUAUCCAGAGAUAUAGAGAAUACCUUCUAAUUCUAUACUAAAGCCAAUAUUUUGCAUGACGAGUUUUUACAUACGAUUGCGUUAUCUUUUCACCUUAUAUCUACGGUCGAAGUAGCUUUUUGGAUUACUUUGCAAAUGUUGGUUGGACGCGGUUAUAAACCUAAACGGUACAUUGUAAACUUAUAAUGUAGUUUUAUAUAAUGGCGGAACCAAAGCAGUUUGAACGCACGAUUUUGCCUCCACUUGUUACGCUGCGACACUAAUGUUUAUUGCCCAAAUAAUUUUAUUCCCAACUCUUUUUUUUUAAACUGUAAUGAUUGAAGACAAUAAAGGAAGAUUUAUACUUAUUAUUAAUGAAUAUAAUGAAGUGACGGCACGAACGAUAUCUAAAAUAUUAAACAUAGUAUAAGCUAAUAAUAGCCAUGUAUUUGUCUUUUAGAAGCUGAAUAGUAACUGAGAAAACACCCCUUCCUAGCCACGUUCGGAUACACGCACUAGUGAAUGAUUUUCUUAUCGUCAAAACGACAAAUUAUGUCCGUCCAAAACCGAAUUCGUAAUCUUAAGUUGAAUAAUGCUUCUACUACUGCAAUAAUUAAUAAGGAGACAUAAUAAUUUUACUGUAAAAACAACUUGUACAUAGAUAUACAUUAUCCAUUUCUGUUAAAUUAACUAUUAAAAACUGCGUUCCUUAGUUUUCCUGCCUGUCAAUUACGGACUACUGUGUAUCCGAGCGUGUUUUAUUUUAAUGAACUUUUAAAACGUUUGUAUACAUUUGAAAAUGAAUUUUUGAAUAAGAAAAAACAAAACAGUGUUAAUGUAAUGUGGAAUGUUAAAAUGUAAAUUUAUCAUAAUGUGGACAGUAUUUUGUUAUAUAGAUACAUACUUAUUUCAUCAAUACAAAAUCAGCAUGCUAUCAUUUCUCGUAAAGAUAUUGUAAACAUUGUAUUAAUGAUUAAUGAUCAUAGAAUUCAAAGGUACUGUGAUUGGUAACUACCGCUGGUUUUGGAGCACAAAAAAAAAUGUCGAAAAUAAAAGUUUAUAAAUGUAUUGGGUGCAUUUUGUUAGUACAUUCUAACCUAAGACAUAGUAAUACAUGAGAUAGGUAGGUACUUUCAGCAGUACAAAAUGUGUAGAGUAACAAUAUAAUUAUCUACUAUUACAGAUGGGUUCAAUAAAUGAUUCCGUUCCCAAAUUAAA